CCUUGCUGUCAAACUGGAAACACUUAGUAGCUUUACUUUAUACAUUUAUACAUAAAUAUCGCACAAAUACAACCUUAAAAUCACAUAACCUGACUUUAAUCUGCGAUAAACAGCCGCGUUGUUUAUAUUCUUUAUUUAAAGUUUUGGACCAGACGUCGACAAAAUGCACCGGAGAGGUGUUGGUGCGGGAGCUAUCGCUAAAAAGAAACUAGCAGAGGCAAAAUAUAAAGAAAGAGGAACAGUUCUUGCAGAGGAUCAAAUUGUCCAAAUGUCGAAGCAGUUGGAGACCUUCAAGUCCAACCUGGAGGAGUUCGCCAGCAAACACAAACAGGAGAUCAGAAAGAGCUCACAGUUCAGGGUUCAGUUUCAGGAAAUGUGUGCCACCAUCGGAGUUGACCCACUUGCCUCCGGGAAAGGUUUUUGGUCGGAGAUGCUCGGCGUUGGUGACUUCUAUUAUGAGCUCGGUGUACAGAUUAUUGAAGUGUGUCUGGCCCUGAAACACAGAAAUGGAGGGCUCAUUACUCUGGAUGAACUCCAUCAGAGAGUACUGAAGGGAAGAGGAAAGUACGCUCAGGAUGUGAGCCAAGACGACUUGGUGAGAGCCAUAAAGAAACUGAAGGUGAUGGGUAGCGGCUUUGGGAUGAUUCCUGUUGGUGGUUCUUACCUGGUCCAGUCAGUCCCAGCAGAGCUCAACAUGGAUCACACUGUAGUUUUACAGCUGGCCGAGAAGAAGGGCUACGUCACAGUGAGUGAGAUCAAGGAUAGUCUAAAAUGGGAGAAAGAGCGGGCGUGUCACGUCCUGGAUCACCUGCUCAAAGAAGGCCUGGCUUGGUUGGACUCUCAGGCAGCUGGAGAAUCACAGUACUGGCUGCCAGCUCUCUUCUCUGAGCUGACCUCCCGCGACGUCACACCAGAGGAGGCCAAUCAGAUGACCCCUUAAGGAACGACGGCGGCUUUUAGAGACGAUGUUGGUAAACAAAAUGUGCCUGGUGGUGGGGGGGAGGACUCAUGUGAUGGAGCUGGCUGGUUCACUGGGCUUGGCAGGCUGAGCGAACUCCCUCCUGAGAUCAUUCUUUGGACACGAGGAGGGAAAACUUUCCUCAGCUGCUCCUCAGUUACAUCCAUGUGAGCAAGAAGUGCAAGAAAGAAGUUUGAUUUCCACUAAAAUUGCGUAUGAAAUUCAGUGUGAAGUCUUUGUUGUCUUGCUGGUGUCACGGUUUAUGGGUGGUUAUGUAUAAUUCUGUACAGAACAUGUAAUUUUUCAUGUAUAAACAAUAACCAACUUAACAAAAAGACUACAUCUGCAUUUAACUCUUUUUUAUUGUCAGCAUUCAACGCACUUGCAUUCAUUCAUUUGAAUUGAUUACCUCACCAACAAUUCGUUCUGUCAUAUACAUUUUAAAAUCAACAGAAAUAAAUCCAUACAUCGGUACGAUCCCGGUACGUUCCCCUUGAGAGAUGAUUAAGUUCAAAGCUAUACUGUAGUAUAUACUAAGUUUUAAAUGUGCCAUGCUUCAUUUAUAAUUAAAGUUUCAUCUCUUUAAAAAGGAACCAUUUCAAGCAUGUUUCAGCCUAUUUACUACAAGUUAUAUUUACCUUACUGCUGUUUUAUUUUCCAAAGCAUACCAAAGGUUUUUUUUAACAUGUUUUUCUCAAAUUUUAGGUAAUUCCUAACCAUUAAAACCAUGCCUACUUUUAUUCAA